UUCGAUGAUGUUACUUCACAAGUUAUAAUAACCAAUAACCAACCCUAGCUUUCUUCCUCAACGAGGUUCACUUCAAAAACUCUCAGAAUAUUCGAUCUGCAACCAUGGCGUCAAGAAAGACCGAUAACCCCCAAUACGGUGACGGUGCCAGUCCCGGAAAAAUCUUCAUCGGAGGGUUAGCCAAAGAUACAACCCUAGAAACGUUCGUGAAGUACUUCGAAAGGUAUGGAGAGAUAACAGAUUCCGUUAUCAUGAAGGAUCGACAAACGGGUCGACCCAGAGGGUUUGGGUUCAUUACUUAUGCGGAUCCUUCUGUGGUUGAUCAAGUUAUUCAGGAGAACCACAUCAUCAAUGAUAAGCAGGUUGAAAUCAAGAGGACCAUUCCAAAGGGUGCAUCACACACUAGUGACUUCAAAACUAAGAAGAUUUUUGUAGGUGGGAUUCCAGCAGCAGUAUCUGAAGAUGAGCUGAAGAACUUCUUCUCUAAGCAUGGAAAUGUUGUGGAGCACGAGAUAAUACGUGACCACGCCACUAAAAGAUCUCGUGGAUUUGGUUUUGUAGUGUUUGAUAAUGAUAAGGUUGUGGAUACUUUGUUAGCUGAUGGGAACAUGAUUGAUAUGGACGGUACUCAGGUUGAGAUCAAGAAGGCUGAACCAAAGAAAUCCUCAAGUUCAGCUUCUUUUCCUCCAUUUGGUAGUGACUCUAGGUCACGUUCUUACAAUGAUGGUUUUGGUGGAUUUGGUGAUUCGUAUGGAGGUUUUCCUGGUGGAGGUUAUGGCCCUGCAUCUUAUAGGUCACUUGGAGGUUACACUGCUAGGCUUAGCGAUUAUGGUGGAUAUGGAGGUGGAGAUGACUUCAGUGGUGGUUUUGGAGGUUAUGGGGGCAGUGGUGGUGCUGGUGGUUAUGCAGGCUAUAGAGGAGAAUCAUCAUUUGGCUACUCUGGCCGCUAUGGGUCGUACAUGGGUGGCCUUGGUGGUGGAUAUGGUGGUAGUGGGUUAGGCCCAUAUGGGAGAGGUGGUGCGGGCUAUGGAAGUUAUGGUGGUUCAGGCACUGGUGGAGGUUAUGAAUCUGGCCCUGGUGCUGGUUUUGGUGGAACAGGAGGACUCUAUUCUAGUAGGGGAGGAUAUGGGGGCGGUAGUCGUUACCAUCCUUACACAAGAUAGUUUUAUGAUUAAGCUUUGUAGUAGAAUUUGCAUGCAGGUUUAAGCAUUUUCUAGAUACAAGGCACUUACUUCAGGUGGGCACUCUCUAGAAGUCAGAUGAACCACUAGCAUGUCUGUUUUAAUCAAUUGCUUAGACAACCGAAGAUAGAACAACAACAUCUAGAGCUUUCUGAACAACAUCUAGAGCUUCCCAUCAGUCAUCAGCCAUAUACAAUCAUAGUUAGAUUAUGCUUUUAUGUGAUAAUCAGAUGCUUGAAAGUUAGACUGUUGUGAUUAUGGAUACCAGUUUUAGUUAGAAUCACAAAGUUGUGUGAAUGUGUACUAUUUUAGGUUACGCCUAUUAGAAUUUUGUUUGAAAGAGUACUUUGUUCAUGAUCUAUCCAGUAGUUAUGCUUGGUGAGCUUA